AUGACUAAGACAUCGGAUAGAUACUACUUGUUGCCAGAUGAGAUUGAGCCAUAUAGAGCAUGUAAGUCAAAGAGAUUCAUCACAAAGGUGAUGUUUAUGUGUACUGUGUGUAGACCUCAGAUUGCAGGAGAUGGAGAAGUAACUUUUGAUGGAAAAAUAGGCAUUUUUCCAUUCACCACUAUGGAGCCAGUAAAGAGGAAAUCAAAGAUAAGGCCAAGGGGGACUAUGGAGACAAAACCCAUUCAAUCAGUGAACAAAGAAGUGAUGAAAGAUUGCCUCAUUCAAAAGAUCAUACCAGCAAUCAAGGCAAAAUGGCCAGAGAAUUUAAGCAAAGAGAUAUUCAUUCAGCAAGACAAUGCCAAGCCGCAUAUAAAUCACAAUGAUGCUGAUUUUCUGUCAGCUGCAUCCACAGAUGGGUUCAAGUUUCAUCUCAAGUGCCAACCACCACAAUCCCCAGAUUGUAAUGUGUUGGAUUUGGGAUAUUUCAGAGCAAUCCAAUCUCUACAAGAAGAUAAAGUGGCUAAGGGAGUGGAUGACUUGUUGAGGAAUGUGCAUUGUUCUUUUGAAGAACUUAAUCCGUACACACUCAACAAUGUUUUCCUUACUCUACAAAGUUGUCUAACUGAGAUACUUAAGGUGCAAGGGAGAAAUAGCUACAAAACUCCACACAUGAAUAAAGAGAGAUUAACAAGGAUGGGGACACUGCCAGAUGCUAUAGAGGUGGAAGAAGAAGUUGUGAAGGCUGCUGUGGCAUACCUCCAACAGCCAGAAAAUGAUGUGAGCACAAAAUAUGACAUCUCAGGGGUCAGUGAAGCUGUAGGCUUCUAG